GUGAACCAGUACCAGAACGUGGACCAUCAGAACGUGUGAAGGUCCCUCAGAACACAACUGGAGAGGAACAGGGGAAACAUGGCUCAUAAACUGAAUGUCUACGAUACUGAAAGACAAGAGGAAGAUCCACCGAAAAGUGUUGAAGAUGGCCAUACAAUUUCUAAACCAAAGCAGCAAACGACGUUUUACGCAGGAAGGAAACGGGUCCCUCGGGGAAAAGGUACGAUUUCGCAACAUCGCCGUAUUGCAAGUGGUGUCCGUGACAUUGCAAGACGCCCGCCAGCUGGCUCCAUAAAUAAUGAUAGACUCGUAAAGCAGGAGACUGAGGAUUACCAAAAGUACGCAAAUGAGAAUAAAGAGCGACUUCUGAAACUGGAGAAAAAACAAAUCUUCACGGACAUAAUGUACCGUAUAUUAGAAUCCCAUUUAGAGAAACUGGAAAUGCAAUUUAAUCAACUUGGUUUGCGGGAGGAAAACGAAAUGAACAUACGUCAUGGGGCAUGACAAAGAGCGAGGUUGAGAACACGUGUACUUAACUGCAGUUUUAUAGUCAUUGUAUCGAUCCCUUGUUUUAUCAUAUACCCAUCAAUAAUCCGUGUUUUAAUACUGUAAACUUCACAAAGUCUGAUCCGAUUUUCAUGUCUCUCUGAAACUGAUGAUGUCACAAUGUUUGUGGAAAGUAAUUACAUGUCACCGCAUCACGAAUAAAAACUGCAUCCAUAAAACAUAAUUCAGCUGUAUAUUUGUCUUUUUGGUAAUUAGGAAUGUAUACAUUGUAUUAUAAUUGUGUAUUCAAAAUACAUCCAGGUGUUUAUAUUAAAUCUA